AUGGCCUCUGUCGAUUUGCCACCAAAUGAGGGACCUCCUCAAGAGCCACAGUUGUCCCCUUCGCCGUCACAGUCUCACGGCGAGGGAGAGCAGCCAUCCCAGCCGCCAAAGAAAGCGACUGUUAGGAAGAGAACCAAGACCGGAUGCCUGACGUGCCGAAGACGCCGCAUAAAGUGUGACGAAGGCAAGCCGAUCUGCAACAACUGCAUCAAGUCCAAACGGGAAUGCGAAGGGUAUAGUCAGAGACUCACGUUCAAGGAGCCUCUGGGAUCGUUCCCGUCUGGCCAUCUGUAUGGCCAUCCGGUCUAUCAUCGACACGUCCAAGAAGCUUUGGUGAACGCUCAGAUAUCUGCGGCGCAGACCAAAGCAUCGUCAUCGCAAGGGCCGCUCGCCGUGAUUGCCCCAAAGCCCCCAUCGGCAGAUUAUUACGGAGCUGGGCCUCUCCCUUUCAGUCAUGUAUACGGGGGACCUUCAGCCCCAGGCCCCGGCGGCUCCAAUUCGCCUCACCAGCUUCCAACCCCCCCCAUUGUGAGCCCUUACUCCAACGUCUUUUCCGGCCGCUUCCAGCCGCCUACCCAUGGACUGUCACCCGCGCAUCCCGACAACCUAUUUGCAGAUCCUACAGCCUCAUCGUUGGGUUUCCAGCAUGACUCCGAUGCGCCAAAUGCAGCGCCUGUUUCGACCUCACAUCGAGUGUUCGCGUCUGGACCGGAGCAGUCGCUGGUACCUCCCCAAAGUGGUGACGGAAGCCUGGCUCAGCCCGUUUUCGCUGAGGAGGAAUAUUGGCAGUCUGACGAUGAAGCAUCCAUGGCCGAGUCUGAUGACGAGGCAACGCCCGACCCUCACCUUUUCCAUCUCGACGCGAAUGACCUGGGUAUUGAGGUUGCCAAACGACUAGAACCGCAACACGAUCUUUACGGGGUCCAAAUCAGGUCGUUUGCUUGUUUGGCGGAUGCCAAUGUAGUCGACACGUACACACCGUCCUCGGCCAGCUCGCCCCUGAAUGACAGGCAAACAGCAGCUGUCUUCUGGUACUUCGUCAAUGUCACGGGCCAGAGCAUGUCCUUGUACGAGCGACACCCGUUUGAUCCGACGCCCAUGUUUCAAGGCAUCCCUGUUCCCAAGCAGCGCCAGCAUAUAUGGACAUACACGUUCCCCAUUAUGGCCUUCAACCACCCUGCUCUGAUGCAGGCGAUCCUCGCCUUGGGAAGCCUGCAGAUGGCCAAGCUCCAGGAGGCGCCCCCAACCGCGGCGAUGAAGCACUACCACCUCAGCCUGAGAAGAAUUGCGAAGAACUAUCAAAGUCCUACAAGACGGUCACAGCCAGCCACGCUGGCAGCGACGCUCUUGCUCGGAUUCUACGAGGUCUGGAAUUCGGACCACGACAAAUGGUGCAAGCAUAUGUGGGGAGCGCGCGCUGUCAUACGGGACAUCCCUUUCGGGCAGCUGACGAGAGAGGUGCUUGCCUAUCGGCAGAGGCAACGUGAGCUACAGAUGCGAGACCAUCAAUGCAAUCAACUUUGCUUUGCCUCGCACGGCGAUCUCAGCCUCGAUUUGAGCGCGGUCGAUACCGACUUGAUAUUCCAGCUCACGGGACGGAAGGUCACUUACGAUAUGGGCCAGGGCCGUGUUGUCAGCGACUCUACCCGGUCAUCGCGCCUUACAGAGCGUGAUGUCGAGCGAUACGGCCAUCUGUGCGAUUUGUAUUGGUGGUAUUGUAAGAUGGAUGUUUACCAGAGUAUCCUGGGAGGCACUCGGCUACAGAUGGAGUACCAUUACUGGACCCAGUGUGCGCCCAGAGGACCUAUUGGAAAGAUAGACGCGAUCUACGGAACCUAUGAUUAUCUUCUGCUGCUGCUCGGACGGCUAGCCGACUUUGCAUCUCGGGAUCUCGCCCGCAAGCGGAAGGCAAGAAAAGCCCAAGGCCCUCCAGGCCAAGGUCCCGGGCCCGGCCCUGGCGGACCAGGACCUGGAAUGGGCAGGGGCCAAUCACCCCCUGCCUUCCCGGGCCUGAUGCCAACCUCAGGCCACGUCACAGUGCCGCGGGGCUUCACCCCGCCGCGCGAGUCUCCCCCACGCGCGUCUCCCCCAUCCAGCGAUUCCGCCGAUGACAUGGACAUAGACGCCGCCACCGCCCAGGCGAUGCGGGAGUGGGAGGACAUAAGGCAGGCCUUUGAAGUCUUCCGGGCGCGCCUCGGCCCGGACUUCGAGCCUAUGGGCCCGGACUUUGCGCCGCCCGAGAUGACGCCCUUUGGCCCCGCCCUCAUAUACCGCACAUACAGUAUCGCGGGCGUCUGGAUGAAUUACCUUAUGGGCCUCAUUGUCUUGCAUCGGGCCCACCCCUCGAUGCCACCAAUUGCUGUGAUGGCCGCGGGUAUGGCGGCGCCGCAGACGGGCAGGUGGGCCAACGAGAUCGCCCGAAUCACGGCAGGCUUGCACGAGGACACCACCCAUGUGACAGCCAUCGGCACGCUGUUCCAAGACCUCCACCAGCGACACUGGACGAUUCGCCGGCUGCGCGACAUUGCCCGCCUCACGGGGUUUCAGUCGGCGCGGCAGAUCGCGGACGGGUGCGAGUCCGGGUGGAACAAGGCGGCCGAGCUCGGCCGCGGACCGCCGUACUACAGCCCGCCGGAGCUGGGCCCGCUGUUCCCGGAUUCGAUAUGGAACCGGCCGAGGAGGAUCGACAAGCGGAUCCAGGAGCUCGAGGCCGGCGAGAAUAGGGUCGUGCUGGCCAAGUCGGAACAGGCGCACUAUGCGCUGGGAUUGUUGAGUGUGGAGCAGGAUCUGGACAAGUUGGAUAUUGAAGACGAUGCGGAGGGAGGGAGGUGAUACCUGGGUAGUGGGUAUGAACCGCCCCAUAUUAGGAAAUGUGACUUUCAUGGACGUGUUGUACUUGUACAUUAUGUUAAAGAUUACCCGAGAUUUCUCUGGGCAGGCGCUUGUUGGCUCACUUUAGGCAGGGAGUCAAGAUGAGGGGGUCUUGCAGUAACGGAGUCAGGGCUAGAAGUACUUUACAGAGUCGUAUGUCGUCACGUCUACUGCUCCAGAUGCUUGGCACCACCACGUUACAUGAAGCCGGAAAUGUCAAGCC